AUGGAGAGCUUGAUCGGGCUGGUGAAUCGGAUACAGAGGGCGUGCACGGUCCUGGGUGACCACGGCGGGGAAGGAUCGUCGCUUCCCACCCUCUGGGAGGCGCUUCCCUCCGUGGCUGUCGUCGGGGGGCAGGUGUGGAGGAUGGAUCGCCGUUGGAUGUUGUCUUCGUUGUUCCCACCGUGUUCUUCUUCUUCCUUUGUUAUCAUGCUUUUUUCUUUGUCUUUUUUUUUGGGUUUCAGAGUUCGGGGAAAUCUUCUGUGUUGGAGAGUAUUGUCGGGAGGGACUUCCUUCCUCGAGGAUCUGGUAAUGCGGCUUGAAUGGGGACGUGAUGCCGCUUCUCUGUUUGUCUCUGAGUUUUGUUUUCCAGUGUGAUCUUAUGAGAGGUUUUUGAUGGAACAUAAUUUGUGGGAUUCAUAUGUAGGGAUCGUGACAAGGAGGCCUCUCGUUUUGCAACUUCAUAAGACGGAUGAAGGACAGAAUGAGUACGGAGAAUUCCUGCAUGCCCCCAGGAAACGGUUCAAUGAUUUUGGUUCGUGAAACUUUCGACACUUUUAUUUAUUAACCAAAUAUUUCCGUUAAUAUAGUGGUGGGAUUUUGACUGCGUGCGAGGUUUUAGCGACUGUCUUUUUCAUUUUCCGGUUUUCGCAUCAAUGACGAAAACAGAAAAAUAGAAAAAAAAAGUAUUGUGUUUCUUUAGUCAUCCGAUUGCCGCAUUCAAUCGUCAGUCCGCGUCGCAUAAUUAUGAUUCAGUGAUAGAAAUUUCUAUGCUGCAUGUCACCUAUAGUGUCUUAGUACGUCUUUAGAUUUAGACACGGAUGUCGAAUCAAGAAAUAACCCAGAAGAGUUAAUCUGCUUACAGAAACAAAAUAAAUUCGAAUAAAUUUAGCUCCAAAUGCACUAUUUAAAUAUAAGUUUCAAUUAAUGUAUUUCAAUUUAUUUAUUUUAAUCAGCAUCUAUUCGUAAGGAGAUUCAGGACGAAACUGAUCGGAUCACCGGAAAGUCUAAGCACAUAUCUAACAUUCCAAUUCACUUGAGCAUUUAUUCUCCUCAUGGUACGUUCAUAAAUCCAAUAAUUUUAUAUUCGAUUUUUUUUUGCAUCUGAAUAAUAUGUUUUUGCGUUGUGGCCUUGGGCCGUGGCUUUUGUGGCCGCCCUUCUACUAAUUCCUCCAGCGGAAGCUAAUCCGCCUCCUCUAAUAUCCUUUCCUUGGUUCCCGGCGAAUAGCUGCGACCUCGGCUGCCUGCUGAUACGCAUGAAAAACAGCAGCAUGGUGUGAGGGUCAUUAUGUUUCUUUGUAAUGAUGAAUUCUGUGCAGAUGAAAUUUUAAACCAAGACCGAUCAUUCGUGCAUCAACUUUGAACUUACAUAAAUUAAAACAGUCCUCUUGGAACUAUGACUUCUGUUAUUCUAAGGAUUUUUUAUGUUUGGAGUUCCGUUGUUUAAUUUCAGUUAUCAGCUUAAAAAUCAAAUAAAAUAAAAUGAGAGAAAUUGAAAUAUGGAGGAAUCUUUGAAUUGAGAACUAAUCAUCUUGACAAAGUAUUGAACUAGGAAGAGUAAUAGAAAAAUUAUUAGAACUGUAAGAAAAAAAGUGAGAACAUAUGCAGGUCACACGUGGAGGAUGCUCGGGCAAAUGAUAGCCUAUUAAUGUUCCAUGUUUCUUUCAUUAACUAUCUUGGUUACCAUACUGUGAUGUAUCAACAUAUUGCAGUUGUGAAUUUAACACUCAUCGAUCUUCCUGGAAUGACGAAGGUUGCUGUAGGUAAUUUCCCCUUAUUUUCCCUUUUACGGUAUAUUUUUGCAGUCAGUAGAUUUUUUCCCUCUGUUUUGAUUUACGCUUCCUGUUUGAAAUUCUUCAGAGGGACAACCCGACAGCAUUGUAGGGGAUAUUGAAAAUAUGGUCCGUUCAUAUGUUGAAAAGGUUGGAAUUCCAGUGAAAAGGUUUUUAUUUAAUGUUUGCCUUGUAUGGUUUCUAGAUUUUAAUACUAAGACUACCAAAUUCACAUGAAUCAGACAAAUGUAUAGAUUUCAUGUGCCUUGAUCCCUUUCCUAAUUCUGCUGAGAUACACCUUUUGAUAUUUACUUUCCUAAUUGUAGCCUAAUUGCAUUAUACUGGCAAUUUCUCCUGCUAAUCAAGAUAUCGCCACUUCUGAUGCGAUAAAACUUGCCAGAGAAGUAGAUCCAUCAGGUAUUGUUAAGAUUUCUGAUAAAUUUACUAUUCAAUUUCAAUGCAAUUCAAUACAAGAUGCUCUUAUGACAUUGUACAGCAUCAUACAUAUAUGUACACAGAUAUGUGCAUAUAUAUGAAUUUUAGUCACAUGUACACAUAUUUUCCCUCUACUCAUGGUUUCUUUAGGUGAGAGAACAUUUGGAGUCUUAACGAAACUUGAUCUUAUGGACAAGGGAACGAAUGCCUUGGACGUACGUUCUUGACUCUUUUUAAUAAUAUUAUUGUAAUUUUAAGAAUAGUAUUAUUUCAAAUUUGAUAUAUUUUUUUUUAUAUAUGUCCGGUGAUGACAAAAAAAUUACUAUUUGUGUCAUCUGUCUUUAGGUUCUUGAAGGAAGAUCAUACCGUCUGCAACAUCCUUGGGUUGGAAUUGUCAAUCGCUCACAAGCUGAUAUUAACAAGAAUGUUGACAUGAUUGUUGCUAGGAGGAAGGAGCGCGAGUAUUUCUCUACUAGUCCUGAGUAUGGACACCUAGCAAGUAAAAUGGGUUCCGAGUAUCUUGCAACACUUCUUUCUAGGGUAAGAGACAAUAAGCCAAAAAUUUCAUUAUUCAUGCUUCACUAUUUUGUAUUAUUGAUGACCACGCCUUUGCAGCAUUUGGAGUCUGUGAUCCGGGCACGUAUACCAAGCAUUUUAUCGCUAAUCAACAAAACAGUCAAUGAACUUGAAGAAGAGUUGAACAGAAUUGGGAGGCCUAUUGGAGUUGAUUCCGGGGUAGAAGCUGAUAAACAUAAUAUUUUUAACCAAUCUCGGCUCUGUCAUACUACAUUAUAUUCAAGUACUUAUUUUUGUUUCUCUAACAGGCUCAGCUUUACACUAUAUUAGAGAUGUGCCGUGCAUUUGAUCGUGUAUUCAAAGAGCAUUUAGAUGGAGGGUAAUUGACUGACAAACCUUUGUUUUUUUUUGUUGUUAAUGGGAACUAUGGAUACCUCCCCCUCCCCCGGUACAUACUAACAGUUGAAGUCAUUUUUUACGACUCCUGAGUCUGAUCCGGUCAACUUUGCGCAUUGGAUCUUGCUUGCCUAAAUGACCAGGAAAUAAAAUACUUUAAAUGCAUUUAUUGGAAAAAAACGAUGUUUUUCGUUUUUUAAUUUUUCUUAGGAUAUUAAUUGCCUGACCGAUCUUCGUUGGGCAUGAAUGCCAUGAUAAAUGAUCUAUUUGCCUUUCAUCCUUGUGGAGAAUCGCGUUGAAAAACCUACUCUGGUACUUUAGAUCACCUACUUAAUGAGAGAAUUUGGAUUUUGAUGAUCUUAACCUUUGAUUGUCUGGGUCUCUUUUAAAGAAAAAUGGGGAUUUCGCUUGCCUCUUGCUCAUUCUCCUAAUCAGGCUGCGGUUUUUGGACAAUCCCUCAUGCAACAAAUUCGAUUUUUAAACUGUGAGGCGUCGUUGAAUAUAUGUUGCGAUUCCAUUUGAACUGUCGCCAAUGGGGAGCUUUUCAUAAACAGCUCAUUUAUGAAUUUUUUUAAUAAUAUUGUGUUAUAUAUCACCGGAGUUCUCGAUGCCUAUAAUGACCAUGCGCUCGAAUAUUAGACUGAUCACUCACGGAGGAGUUUCAUAAUAAUUUGGUGAAUGAUUACAACAGUCUUACUUUUUUAUUUUUAUUAUUAUUAUUAUUAUGUCUGCAUGGUUACUAAGAGUUUAAUUAAUUUUAUUUUUUCUGUUCUAGGCGGCCUGGUGGGGACAGAAUAUAUGGGGUCUUCGAUAACCAGCUCCCUGCUGCGCUGAAAAAGCUCCCAUUCGAACGACACCUCUCUUUGCAAAAUGUUCGGAAGGUGGUGUCCGAAGCUGAUGGGUAUCAGCCCCAUCUUAUUGCCCCGGAGCAAGGCUACAGAAGGCUCAUCGAGGGCUCCCUCGGCUUCUUCAAGGGCCCAGCCGAAGCAUCCGUUGACGCGGUACGGCCGCUAACUGCUCUCUCUCGCUCUCUCUCCUCUCGUGCUCACCAUGAAAUCCUUUCUUCAGGUUCACUUUGUGUUGAAGGAGCUCGUCCGCCAGUCCAUCAGCGAGACUCAGGUGACCCACCCUCUAAAAAUCUCUCCUUUCAGCCUCCAUUCGCUGCAACCCCACAGUUUUUCCUCUUUUGGAGAGUUCUCCGCGCGAUUACCAUCUUCCAGGUUUCCAUUUAUAUCCCCCCUGCAAGGGACCUUUCUUUGGCAGGAGCUCAAGAGAUUCCCUACUCUGCGAGCUGACAUAGCAGCUGCGGCAAACGAAGCCCUGGAGAGGUUCCGCGAGGAUGGCCGGAGAACGGUGGUCCGCCUUGUGGAGAUGGAGGCCAGCUAUCUCACGGCAGAUUUCUUCCGGAAGCUCCCCCUUGAGCCCGACAAGGGCGGCAACCCCGCAGCCCCCGCCGCGGAGAGAUACGUCGACGCCCAUCUCAGGAGGAUCGGUAACGAAACCCUUGAACGCACGCGCAUGUGGAUCACGUCGUGUUCUUGAACGGUCGUUUGACUUCUUGUCGGAUGACCCACGUGGCACCCGGCCGGGGUCUUGUCUCAGGAUCCAACGUUUCAUCUUACGUGGGAAUGGUGUGCGAGAUUCUGAAGAACUCCGUCCCCAAGGCCGUUGUUUACUGCCAGGUCCGCGAGGCGAAACGGUCGAUUCUCGAUCGCUUCUACGCCCAAGUGGGACAGAGAGAGGUCUGUGCUAACCCUACACCCGACUUAUUUAUAUUUUAUUUAUUUACUUAUUUAUGAUGAGGUGGAUAUCUAGCCAAGUUAUUUGUGAGCUCAGAGUCAACGCUGGGUCCACUUUAUGAUCACACCUCUUUGUCUAUGAUAAUAAAUACAGGACCGCUCUUAGACAAGGAAGGAGAACUCAUAAAUGAGCAUAUUUAUUUCCUUUUCAUUUCCUUUUAACAGCGUUUAAUUCGAGUGAUUUCGGAUGGUCCUGGAGAAUCUUGUUCGAAUUUAGGAAGCAUUUCCUCAGUUUUUUUUUUAACAAUCUUCGUUUAAUAAUAAUAAUAAUUAUUAUUAUUAUUAUUUCCAUGAGGUUAAUUUAUAAAGAAAAUUGUGUUUCUCUAUUAUCCCCAGUCCAAAAACUGAGCAACUCUGGAUGAUCUUCGCGGAUUUGGUGUGAAAUGAAAGAAAUGUUGGGAAAUAUUACAUGGUCUAAAUUUGUAAUUAUUUAUUUUAAUUUCCAGAAGAAAGAGCUAGGGACGAUGUUGGACGAGGACCCGGCCCUGAUGGAGAAGAGGGGGGCCAUUGCUCGGCGACUGGAGCUGUACAAAUCCGCUAGGGAUGAGAUCGACUCCGUCUCGUGGAAGUGA